AUGAGCGAAGUCAGUAUACACAACCACAGGAAGGCAGUGACGAAGCCUAGAAGAAGGGAGAAAGUCAUCGAAUUGAUCGAAGUGGAUGGUAAGAAGGUAAGUACGACAUCGACAGGUAAACGUAAAUUUCAUAACAAGUCAAAAAAUGGGUGCGACAACUGUAAAAGAAGAAGAGUAAAAUGCGAUGAAGGUAAACCAGCCUGCAAGAAGUGUACCAAUAUGAAGUUGGAGUGCCUAUAUACUCCAAUCCAUUUGCGAAAAGGCAGGGGUGCAACUGUGGUAAAGUAUGUUACUAGAAAGGCUGAUGGCAGCGUCGAGCCCGAGUCUUCAAUCGAUUUGCCAGAUGUGGUCAAGAAGGAGCAGACACCUUUUAAUGACGUCUCGUCAGCAGUGAAGGCUUCGGAAUCAUCGAAUGAUUCGUUUCCAUCCAGUGCAUCUACAACCAAAAGUGAGAGUGAAGAAAAGUCAUCUGCCCCUAUAGAAGAUAAAAACAACAUGACUCCUUUAAGUAUGGGUCUGCAGAGUACCAUCAAUAAGAAAGAUAUGAUGAAUAAUUUUUUUUCUCAAAGUGGCACUAUUGGUUUUGGUUCACCUGAAAGGUUAACCUCAGGUAUUGAUGGGUUACUUCUACCACCGUUGCCUUCUGGAAAUAUGGGCCCUUUUCAACAGCAGCCUCAGCAGCAGCAGCAGCCCCAACCUCAACCGCAGCCACAAGCGCAACCAGGAAGUGGAACUCCAAAUGAAAGGUAUGGUUCGUUUGAUCUCGCGGGUAGUCCUGCAUUACAAUCAACAGGAAUGAGUUUAUCAAACAGUUUAAGUGGAAUGUUACUAUGCAAUAGAAUUCCUUCAAGUCAAAACUACACUCAACAGCAGCUGCAGUAUCAAUUACACCAACAGCUGCAACUGCAACAGCAUCAGCAAGUCCAGUUGCAACAAUAUCAACAACUACGUCAAGAACAACAUCAACAAGUCCAACAACAACAACAGGAACAACUUCAGCAAUAUCAACAACAAUUUCUACAACAGCAGCAGCAGCAAGUCCUACUUCAGCAGGAGCAGCAACCUAAUGACCAGGAAGGAGCUAUUCGGGAGGAAAGGAGCAAGAAAGUAAAGGGAGAGCCUUUGCAACCGCACACGGGUGAAACAACUUUAAACAGCGACGCUGCUACACUACAAGCUGAUGCAUUAUCCCAGUUAAGCAAGAUGGGGCUAAGUUUGAAAUCUCUAAGCACAUUUCCAACAGCGGGUAUUGGCGGUGUUUCUUAUGAUUUUCAGGAAUUGUUGGGCAUAAAAUUGCCGAUGAAUAACGGUAAUUCAAGAGCUGCAAAGGUUAGCAACGCAGAGGAAGCGCUGGCUAAUAUGCAAGAGCAUCAUGAACGGGCAGCAGCCUCUGUUAAAGGAAAUGAUGGCGAACUGUCCGACACGAAAAGCCCAAUACCAUCGAGUGACGGACAAAGAGGACGGAGCAAUAUGAUGGAAUCACAAGGGCCUAGUGCAGUUUCAACAAUAGCGCCUAUUUCAAUAAUUGAAAGAAACAUAAGCGGCGAUGGUAACCUCUCUCCGUCGACACCCAAUGUGGUACUGGGCGGCAGACAAGGAAUGCAACGUUCCAUGGGUUCCCUAGGAAAUUUGACAAAAGUGGCCUUGGAGAACAACGGUGCAACAAUGGGUAUACAGACAUCACAAGCAGGGAAUGAAGAUCAAAACUCACAGCAAGGUCUGUCUUCAAAAAUUAAUGACGAGGACCGGAAUUCCAUUUCCGUUGGCACUAGUAGUAUCGUCAAGCUUCUAGAUCUUUCCACCAAGGGCAAUCUGAACCUGAUAGACAUGAAAUUAUUCUAUCACUAUUGUAAAAAAGUCUGGCCCACAAUCACAGCGGCAAAAGUUUCUGGACCCGAAAUAUGGAGAGACUAUAUACCAGAAUUGGCCUUUGACUAUCCAUUUCUAAUGCAUGCUUUGUUGGCAUUCAGUGCUACACAUCUUUCAAGGACUGAAACAGGACUAGAACAAUACGUUUCAUCUCAUCGUUUAGAUGCCUUAAGACUAUUAAGAGAGGCUGUCCUGGAUAUUUCUGAGAGUAACACCGAUGCACUAGUUGCCAGUGCCUUAAUAUUAAUUAUGGACUCCCUGGCAAAUGCUAGCGGCGGUGGUACAGUAGGCAACCAAAGUCUGAACAGCAUGUCGCCAAGCGCUUGGAUCUUCCAUGUUAAAGGAGCAGCAACGAUUUUAACCGCUGUGUGGCCAUUAAGUGAAAGGUCGAAAUUUCAUAACAUUAUAUCCGUUGAUCUCAGCGACUUGGGCGAUGUCAUCAACCCCGACGUUGGAGCAAUCACGGAAUUGGUAUGUUUUGAUGAAAGCAUUGCGGAUUUGUACCCUGUCGGCUUAGAUUCACCGUACUUGAUAACAUUAGCUUAUCUAGAUAAACUACACCGAGAAAAAAACCAAGGUGACUUUAUUCUACGGGUAUUUACAUUCCCAGCCUUACUAGACAAAACAUUCCUUGCAUUAUUGAUGACAGGUGACUUAGGCGCGAUGAGGAUUAUGAGGUCAUAUUAUAAAUUACUUCGAGGGUUUGCUACGGAAGUCAAGGAUAAAGUCUGGUUUCUCGAAGGAGUUACGCAAGUGUUGCCCCAAGAUGUUGAUGAAUACAGUGGAGGUGGUGGUAUGCAUAUGAUGCUGGAUUUCCUCGGUGGCGGUUUACCAUCGAUGACAACGACGAACUUUUCAGAUUUCUCAUUAUGA